AUUCCAAUUCCAGAUGCUUCUUCAACCGUAUCCAUGGCGCCAAGUUAACGAUUAACCCAAUUAGAAGGAUGAAGAACGUUCCAGGUAACUCAAGGCGGUUCCCUUGUAUGGGCUUCCUGGCCCAUUAAUGUACGAGUUUGUAAAUGGGCCUUCUGACCCAAUAGAUUAAUUUCGAUAAAAUAGUUUUUUUUUUUUUAAUUAGAAAAUCAAUCCGUUAAAACCCCAAAGAUCAUUUUAUGUAAAACCCUAAAAAUUACAAUGAGGCGAACUUUCAAUUUCCUAUUCUCUCCUCCCGCUCUCAAAUCAAGCCCUUCUCCUUCCCUAGUACCACCGUUCGUAGCAUCGUCUCAAUCCAAACUCAUAUUCUUCCCCUCUGUGUCUGAUCGGUUCAGCAGAUCUAAGUUCACGCAAACCUCGAACACGACUAGCCCCGUUGAAGUUGACGACACCAGUAAAGUAGAGCUGAAAGAGCAAAUCGAGAACUUUUUGCAGUCAGAGGAGGGAAAUGAGGAGGCGAUCUCAUCCAUUUUUGAGACAAUCUUGAAGAGGAAGCUAUCAGGAAAGCACGAGGAGAGCGACAACGAGCUGAUGGACGAGCUUCGGGAGAAACCUGUUACUGAUUUCAUGGAGGAUCCGCGUGAGUUCGGGGAUCAGAGCGAUGAAGAUGUUGAUAGUUUCAGUGACGAAGAAGAGGACAAUUAAUUUAGAUCUCAGGCUAAAAGCUUAUUUUGUUCGUAUGGUUUUUGUUUAUUUAUUGGAAAGAAGAAAAUGUGUAAUUAUUUUCUUAUGAAGAAAAUGUUAUAGUGCGAUAAUAUUAACUCCGUUAGUAUUUAAAAAACGGAGUGAAAUUA